AUGAUGAAGCGAUCAGUGCGUCCAUUGUUCAGCGUUCUGCUCGUCUUUGCUGCCGCCGCCGCAACUCUGUGUUUUCGGAUCAUUGUAUCCGGCGCCUUUGGAGACAUUCUUAGUAUUAGCGAUACAGAAGCUACAGAGAAGGUUCCCUCAGUGUUUAAUUCAGCUUUGUUGUCGUUUGCUGCGGUUGAUUUAGCUGAGAAGUCACUCAGACAAAACGUCGAGCAGCUGGUGGACAUGGAUUUCCGAAGCGAUAACUUCAAUCGCCAGCGAUCGUUUUUGUCGGCGGGUAGGUACCGUAUGGAUACUGGUGCUAGGUCCGUUAGGCGUGGGCCUAUGGAUCUCAGGUCGCCGGAGUUCUACACUCUGUGGUUGAAAUUCAGACGGUAUUUGCGGGAUUGGUGGCGCCACCGUCGGUUUGAUCCUGAUGUGAUGUUCGAGGUAGUCAACGUGUUGAAGACUGUAAACAUGACCGGAGGUUUGGGAUCCAGGCGGAAGUACAGGACGUGCGCGGUGGUCGGUAACAGUGGGAUUUUGCUCAGGCGUAAUCUAGGUGGAGAAAUCGAUAGCCAUGAGUUUGUGAUCCGAUUGAACAAUGCUAGAAUCGGUGGCUAUGAACGAUUUGUUGGCUCAAAAACCAGUCUCUCAUUCAUGAACAGCAACAUUCUCCAUUUAUGUUCACGUAGAGGAGGUUGUUUUUGUCAUCCAUACGGCGAGAAAGUGCCUAUAAUGAUGUACAUGUCGCAGCCAGUUCAUUUUCUCGAUUACGCUCUUUGCAAUUCAUCUCACAAAUCGCCAUUGAUGAUCACAGAUCCAAAGCUUGACGUUCUAUGUGCAAGAAUCAUCAAGUAUUAUUCAAUCAAAAGGUACUUGAAACAAACCGGGAAGCCAUUGGAAACAUGGAGCUCCGUUCAUGGAGGAUCCGAGUUCCAUUAUUCCUCCGGUAUGCAAGCAAUCAUGCUUGCUUUGGGGAUAUGUGACAAAGUUAGCAUCUACGGAUUCGGUAAAUCAGAUUCAGCCAAACAUCAUUACCAUACAAAUCAGAAAAAAGAACUUAGUUUACACGAUUAUGAAGCAGAAUAUGAUUUGUAUGAAGAUUUAGUCAACAACCCUGUAGCCAUCCCUUUCGUUUCAGAUAAGUUCAAAUUCCCUCCUGCAACUAUUCACAGAUGA